AUGGUAAAAGCAACAAGCGUAAAAGAUGUUGAUCAGCAAGAAAUAGUUCGACAGAUCGCCAUAUUCCUAAAGAAAAGUGGCAAAGUGAAGGUGCCGGAAUGGGCGGACCUUGUGAAACUUGGAAGUAAUAAAGAAUUAGCUCCCAUCGACUCCGAUUGGUAUUAUAUUCGUACUGCAAGUAUUGCUCGUCGUCUUUAUAUUCGUUCUCCUACUGGUAUUGGCGCACUUCGACGUGUGUAUGGUGGCAAUAAACGACGAGGAGUUACACCAAACCAUUUUACAAAAGCUUCAGGUUGCGUUAUUAGGAAAGCACUUCAGACAUUAGAAGCUAUUAAAUGGGUGGAAAAGAAUCCACGUGGAAAAGGUCGUAUAUUAUCUAAACAGGGCCGCAAGGACUUGGAUAGAAUUGCCUCUCAGUUACGCCAAAGUUCCAAACCCGCUGUUAUCGAUAUUUAA